AUUAUUAUUAUUAUCCUUUUUUUUCUUCAAUUUCUUCAUUUUUAUCUAUUUUCGUGUUGUGUUGAACAAGGACUUGUUCUGUUUCUUUCUUUCUACAAAUAUACACUCUCUUCAUUUUUCGUUCAUGUCUCUUCUUCUGCUAUUCCAAACUUAUUAUUCUUAACGUGCGCACUCUCGGCGCAGGUUAAUGGAGGCUCAUGUUGCUACUUCCAUUGUUUCCAAAGCGAAAACCGCUUUCCAUUCUGCUGCUGUCAAAGCUGAGAGGGUUCUCAUGGACUUCAAAUCCGAUCGAGAUUCUGAUAAGCAAUUGGGUGAUGAUUAUGGAAGGCAAAGACAUCAGGGAGAUGAAUUUCCUAGGAAUGAGAAUGAGUCAAAGUUUCUCAAUGAACUGAAGCAUAUAAAGUGGAGACCUCGACAUAUAGGAAUAAAACAGGAUUGGAAAGAUCGAAUUAACAACAUACGGAAAGGAAGAAGAGAAACUGAAGAUACGGGUAAAGUUGGAGAUGGAAGCAUGGCUGCUAUUCCAAUUUAUGAUGAAAAUUUAUGCAUCGGUCAUGUGAAAAAUGAUCUUGAUGCCAAGGCUCCAGAAGCUAUUCCCUCGGUUGAAGGCUUGACUUCUGCGGCUAAAACGCCGAUUCCUCCAUCUUAUGUCCUGAAGCAAUUGGCUAUAGCUGUUGAGGCUGGAAGGAAAACAAAUUCAAUGAAAGAUUUUGUUGCUUCAUCAAGAGGUUCUUCACCUUCCACUGAAAGGACAGGCUUAAGUCUCUCUGCAGUGAAGGCUUUAGUGUUACGCGAGAAGGAGGAUAAACUUACUUCUGAAUUUAGUAGCAAUGAGAAAGUUUUGUAUUUGAUUAGUUCUCUUUUUGAUCCAGAUGGAGAGUUCCUUAGAAGGAAGAUCAACUCCAAUCCAGAGGAAAUUGACAUAACAUCUUUCAUAAGAGAUAUUCACGGUGCUCCUCUUGAAAGCCUUGUUGUUAAGCUAGCUGAAGUAAUCGGAAACUUCAAGACCCUUCGAGAAAUGGCAUUUUUUUGGUGCAGGGUUGUUGCUGAACUGAGAAAACUUUGGUCUGAAGAAAAAUAUUUACCUGGAGUUCCCUCAGAUGACAUUCCAGAUCUUAAGUCAUGUCUUCUCUAUCAACAUUUUCAAGUAAUUAAUUGUUGCAUCUCUCGGAAAAGGCGCCAUAUCAUUGCCACUGAAUCUCUGGACUCUAUGAUGAUGAUGGAAGCAAAUUCAAAUACAUUAUUUGAAUCAACAAACUGUAGUGACGGAACUUCUGCAAGUGCUUUAUUAUAUGCUCGAUUAAUUACAGGAGAGCUUGUUCUUCGACUUGGUGCUCAUUGCCCAUCUGGAAAUAUGAUGUUGGAAACCGGGGAGCCUGCAUACUCUCCUAUCACACAGGAAGGACCGUUGCUUACAGAAGAUCUGAUCAAAGAGACAGAGGAGUUUGUACUGCGGACAGGGAGUGUUGGUGCUGGUUGCUCUCAACUCCUGUCUGAUAUGCAGGCUUUCAAGGCUGCAAAUCCUGGUUGUAUUUUGGAAGACUUCGUGAGAUGGUACUCUCCUCCAGAUUGGACCGAAAGUGAGUCAAGUACUGACGAUAGUUGUUCUUCUGAUGGUAGUUGCGAGUCAUUUUCUACCAGAGGUCAUCUAAGUCAAAGGAUGCGAAAAGAAGGUAAUUUGUGGCGUGAAUUGUGGGAAACAUCUAAGCCAGUACCUGCUGUGAAACAGGCACCUCUCUUUGAUGAGGAUUUAGCAGUGGAGGGCAUCCUUGAUGCAUUUGAGGAUAUCCAGCCAGUGGAGCUUUUUGGACAGCUGUUUGUUUCACUUCUUGGUUUAGGAUUUAUAAUUGCCGAACCUUUGCUGUCUGGUAACGAUGACUUCGCAAAGUUGUUCAAUGACUUCAAGGAGUAUGUAGUUACAACUUGUGAAGGCAUCAAAUUCAUUGAGAAAGUUGAUGAACUUGUUCAGGUAUAUGAAACCGUGGAGACAAUGUUGCUGAAUCCAGACGAGGCACUGAGGAUGAUGAAGCACACAAAAGAAUCAACUGUAACCACCAAUGAAACAAAGAGCCGGUUCAAGCGAAUUAGCCAUAUCUUUGGUGACAAAGAUAAACUGUUGCCAAGGUCUGGGGGGAAAGAUCAGACCAACGAUGAAGAAAAGGCGAUUCGACAAUCUUUUUCAAGUUUCUUCGAUGGCAAGUCAUCUUUAUUCUCAAAGAAGCCUCCCAAAGCAGGAAACAUAUUACCCGCUGAGACACAUCAAUCUCUGGAAAAUGAUUGGACAAUAAUUUAAACAAAGCUUGGCCAGAUAACUGUAAAUUUAUUUAUUCUUUUUCCAAAUAUUAAUUAGUGAAUAGAAAUUUUUGUAUGAGUUUAAGGACUAUACACUAACACAUAACACAUAGUACAAAAAUGUUUUAGGCGGUCAUUCAAUUAAAUUAAACAAAUAUUUAUAUGGUGAGAUAUGCAAAGAUGACUAUGUAAAACUUUUUUUAUAGGUAUAGUCCUUAACUCUUAAUAUUAUGAAGUA